UAACCCGUGCGCCAAGGCUACAAUUUUAAGCAUCCGGCUAUAUCUGUGCAAUAUGCAGAGGCUUUACGCUACCCUUACUACCGCUUAGUAAGGAGAAGGCGCAUGCGCACUGACAGCAAGCAGCCGGUCUGAAAAGUCCUGUGCUAACGGUAACGGAUGUAAUCAAGGCAACGAAUUCCCUCAAUCUCUGGCAUCCAUGGUGAUAUUCCCAUGGGAUCGCAGCGCAUGGAGAUGCGGAAGCGUCAGACGACGGGGCAGCAGGAAGCAUCGAGCGCCGCACAGGCCCCGCCCGACGCGGCGAACCGAGGACCCAACGCCUGCUGCUUCUGCUGGUGCUGCUGCUGUAGCUGCUCCUGUCUCACUGCUAGGAAUGAAGAGGGGAACGAGAGGAACCGCAGGGCCUCCUACGAGGCCAAGACCGAGGGAACCACGGACUGUGACCAGAGACCCCUGCCCACGCUGGAGGAGGUCCGCUGCUGGGGCCAGUCCUUCGACAAGCUGAUGAAGUGUCCGGCUGGGCGGGACGCCUUUCAGGAGUUCCUCCAGACCGAGUUCAGCGAGGAGAACAUGCUCUUCUGGUUGGCCUGCGAGGACCUUCGCAAGGAGACCAACAAGAGCACCAUGGAGGAAAAAGCCAGGCUGAUCUACGAGGACUACGUCUCCAUCCUCUCGCCCAAGGAGGUGAGUCUGGACUCGCGGGUGCGUGAGGUGAUCAACCGGAACAUGCUGGAGCCGACGGCACAUGCUUUCGACGACGCACAGCUCCAGAUCUACACCCUGAUGCAAAGAGACUCGUACCCCCGCUACGUCAACUCCGCCGCCUACAAAACCCUCCUGAAGACUGUUUCAGAGGAGAACCCCGAGGCAUAGCUCCUGUACACGCUCCCCCCCUCCCACCACCACCACAC